AUGUUUGAUGUUGUACUUUGUGCAGCGUCGUCACAGAGCUGUCGGUCUGUGGCGGCAGACUCGGCGGCGGCGGCCACGGCGCGCGCCGGCCCGCCACUCACUUCGCGCGCUCGUCUGUCCUCCGGCCGCCUCGCCGCGGUCCGUCAGUACGUAGCGCGCCCUCGCACCGACGACUCACGCCUCACGUCUUGCAGCGCGACAAUACCACGCGACGCGUAUUUGAACGCGAUCGUACGUAUAUAA